AUGUUCUUGUCCUUUGCCCAACAAUUCUUCCUUCAAUUUUCAUCAAUUCAUUUAAAUCGUGAUCAUGAAUUUUCAUUGAAAGGAUUUGAAACCAAUCGAACCAUCACCAACGCAAGCGAAUAUUGUCAUCACAUCUUGUUUGAUACGCCUGGUUUGAGUCGUGAAGAUCCGCCACAAUUUUCAAAAGGUCUUUGUCCAGACACUUGGUCCACCUUCUACACCACUCUCUUCUUUCUCAUCAUUUACACCCUCUCCGUUUCUUUUGGAAUCUUUGGUGUCAUUUGGAAACGAAAGAAUGGUUUCAUCACUUCAAGAAAUCCUUCACACAUGAUCUUGACCAUGUCCAUUGGAUAUUUAUUUGCCUUGUUACUUGCAUUGAGAUUUCUCAUUGGAAGAAAAAUUUUUCCAUGUGCAUUGUAUACCAUUACGUUUUUUACUGUUCCUGCAGCGUUGUGUUUACCAACAGUGUUGAGAUUGGCACGAUUGCAUUUCAUGUAUCGAAAUCAUGUCGUGGAAUCUCCUGAAAUUUCUAAAAUGUUUAAAAAGUUGAAAAUUUAUUCGUUUUUAGUGAGUAACAAAUUCAUAGUUCUUGUAAAUGUCAUAGUCAUGACGAUAACCAUUGCCAUAUGGUUACUCUUUGGAGUUAUUGAAGAAGCAAUUUAUAAUACGAAUGGAGAUCCAAAUAAGGAAAGAGUCAUUUUGAUCGAAGGAGGAAUGCUUGUCUUUUCACAAGGAUGUUCCAUGAACAUCAAUACGGUGAUUAUUGUGGUUGUCAAGCCUUAUUUUUCACCCUUAUUGAAAUUGUGUUUCUCAUUUUAG